UAUCCUGAAAAGGGAACGACAGACAGUGCGAGACUCGUUGCCCAAACUGUCUUUGUGUUUGCAGAAAAGCAACAGAAUGUCGAUCGCACGGAGUCCCAGCCAGCACUUGAACGAGAAACAGAGUGAAAAACUGUCGUUCUCCGACACGAACCCGCCUUCUCAUCGAACGAAUGAUGGCCGUGUUUCUCUGGGACACAAGUCCUCCGUGGAGGAUAACGCUCUUGCUGGACGUUUUUCAGGUGGAUACGCGGCUCUACAGGUUGGCAGUAUAGCAGAGGAUUUAGUGAAGGCCUUUCUUGAUGCCAACAGACGCGUACUGCUGAAGCCGAAUGGGAAGCAGCUGCUGGAUAAGUGUGAGGGAUACCGCGUGGACGUCUUCGCCUUGCUCGGCAACAGACUCCCCUAUUUAGCGGCUUUGUGGGCAGCCGCUUCGAUGCGGGAAGCAGAGACAUUGCUCGCUCAUAUAUGUGCAGGUUUUCAGCUUCCUUUGGUUACCAUGCACCGGAAGUUGGGAAGCGCCAAAAACAUGACGCGCGAACAUCACCGGGCAUACUUGGAGACCUUAAACGUGGAGUCACUGCUGCAGAACACGCGCGCUACCAUGAACUGGUACGCUGCAAAAAGCCCGGUUUUCAGCUACCACUGGUUGGUGGAAUGGUUGAAAGUGCUGCGCAUUUUGUUCCCGAGCAAUGCCGGGUACGUCGUAAUUAGCGGACGCACUGAAUUCGAACCGAGAAUCCAGCUGGAUUACGGCGCCGUGCUGACAGCGGAUCCCCAUCCCAAAGUGGUGCUGAUCGUCAAAGGAUCCUUGUGCGGUUGGCCUGGCUACCUGAGGACGGGUGAGCACCAGCAGGAGUGGGACCUGUUUAUUCUGUCCAAGAAAAUGCGCGACCAGGGAGUGGCGUGUUUCCCUGAACGCAUGUUUUGGCUGUGCUUUCGUGGGGUGCACGGUGGUGUUGGAUGGCAGGAGGGAGAGGCGUUUCCCCAGCGCCUCUGGCCUGGUCACUAUGACCUUUACCACGAUGUGCGCAGGGUGGAUUCGGUUAGAGUGCUGUGUAGCUUUGUCCAGCUGAUUGUGGAUAGAAUGAUGCAGUUAGACGAGCGCGUAUUGCGUAGUUUACCCUGUAUUGUACGGUCUAAGCCAAGCUCUUCGGUUCUUUCGAUGUAGACUUCAUGUUUAGAAUUUUUGGAGGUUGUAUUCUUAAUACCCGUUUUGUAUUCUUAGUAACCAGUUUGCUUAUUUAUUUUUGAUACAAGUACUGCUUUGUGAAACUCACAAAUAAGAAGGAAAAGAUGCCAUUUGACGAGA